GUUUAUAUAAGAAUCGCAAUGGGCAACUGUAGACGAUCUAGAACCCUUCUGUAAUAGCUUUUCCCGGCUUGAACACUCAAAUUCCCCCCCAAUCCAAAAUUCAAAUUCGCACUAUCGCGCAAUGGAAAAUGGCGAAGCGUUGGAAAACGGUGAAGGCGUCCUCGACGAUCCCGUCGCCUUUUUUCAUUUCAUUGGUCCUGAAAAUCCAAAUGAUAUGGAAAACGGAGUUCCAGCCGACGCUCCGCCGCCGGCGGCUGCUGCAGAGCAUGUCAACGAAGUGCCAAAUUCACCAUUGGAUCUAAACCUACCUCCUACUCCCGAUUUCAGCGGCAAGAAGAUUAUACUGGUCGUGACGGGAGCCCCCGCCGCUAAAGGGGUUAUACAGAUAUGCGAAGUUUUCAGACAGUUCAAUGCACAGAUUCAAGUCGUCGUUACUGAUGACUCACUGAAAUUUUUCGACAGAAGAUUGUUGUCAGAGAGCGCGUACGUGUAUGCCGAUGCUGAUCAGAUUGAGUGGAAGGAAAAAACUCUGGAAAUUGUUCAUUUGGUGGACUGGGCCGAUGCACUAGUCGUAGCUCCUCUGAGUCUGAAGCACAUGUCCAUGAUUUCAGUUGGACUUGUCGACGACAUAGCUUCUGAGGUUUGUCGGUCAUGGCCUUAUGGUCCGAGGCUCGACCAAUUUGGAUUCGAGAUACCACCGAAGCCAGCGGUUUUUUUUGUUCAAGUCACGGGGCCCAAUCGAAUUACCAGGGCCAUCAAUCACAACUAUUAUCAGCUGCAGAAUUGGGGAGUUCGGAUUUUCGACGGAAUGCCGGCCACACCCAUGCAACUGGUCGCACAAGUCUUCAACGCGCUCAAUGGGGUUAAUGGCUGAAAUCAGAGCUUUGCUCUUAGGUUUACUUUUUUUUGGCAAAUUACUGUCCAUAUGUACUUAGUGUCUCAAAUGGCCAAUGGGAUUAAUUGCUGAGAUCAGAACUUUGCUCGUAGGUUUACUUUUCUGGCAAAUUACUGUGCAUAUGUCCAUAGUGGCAAAUUACUGUGCAUAUUUCUGUAGUGUCUGAAAUGAUUCUAACAGCUGAGACUGUAACAGGAACUUUAUUCUAGUCUAUGCAUGAGAUAAUAUUAGGAAAAAGAAAGCUACACACAUUGUCCAACUUUUUCUCUAGUCUGUGACACACUCGUGUCUAUUGGGGUCCCUCGG